AUGAAGGUUUAAGAUAACUCUUUUAGAUUACCUGCCUUAAGAUUAUAACCAAGAGAAUAUAAAUUUAAUCUAAGUUAAGAAUCUAUUGAAUAAAACUAAAGCAAAGAAACAAUAUAGUAAAAUGUUUUAAAUCAUUAUAAUCCUUCACCAAUAAGACAUAGGAAUAAAAUGAUGUCAAUCUCUGUCUAUAAUAGUUAAGAGAAGAUAAAACCAUCUAAUUAGACAAAACAAUUCUAAAAUAGUGAAUUUAUCACUUGCUAAAACACCAAUAAUAGCAUUUCAGUUGUCCAAACUAUUAGAAGAUACAGAAGUAAACUCAAAAAACUUGUUUAAAAUAAAAGUGAAAUCAAUUCUAGAGAUCCUCGAUAUUUCUUUUUUAAAGAGCCUUCUGCAUCAAUUAAAUUGAAUAAUCUUUAAGAUAGUUCAAAGCAAGUAGAUAAACUUUUAGAAGAAAGAAUUAAACAACUUAUGAAUAAAGUAUAAAUACUCAUUUCUUCAUAAUCUUUCUAUCAAUAAAAGAAAUAUUAAGCUCAUCUUAAUGUUAACUUAGUUAAAUUAUAAGAUGAAUAUAAUGUGUUAUUCUAAGAUUUUAACGAAUUCUAUUUCUCUUCUAAAAAAAUUGAUUGUAUUUAUUUUAUUUUAAUCAUUAGCAUAAAUUAAAAAUCUAUUGAACCAUAUGCAAAUUAUUAAAAAAUUAUUAAGUCCACUUUAAAAACCUUAUGGAUUAUGUUAAAAAUCAAGUUAAUCAUUACAUUAAAAUAUAUUUGAUUUUAUUCAAGAAGAGAUUAAAGAAUCUACAAUUCAAAGAAUUGAUAAUUCAUAAAUAAAUGGUAGAGUUGAAAAAAAAAUUCAUCAUUUUAAUGAAUAAAAUUAAGAUGAUGAUCUUUAUCAGGAAGAUUCAAAUUCAUUUGAUGAAGAUUAACAAGAUUGGGAUGAUUAAAAUAUAUAAAACUAGAGAGAAUCAUCAAAUAAAAGAAUGAAAAACUCAAAGUCAAAAGGUAGAAUUAAAUAAUAAGGCACCAUGGAUUCUGAUUAAAUUAAAGAUAAUUAAGAUAAUGAAAUAAUUAAAUUUGAUGAUUAAGGAAAUUAAAUAAUCUCUCCAAAUAAAAGGAGAAGAAAGGUUUCUUAAAUAUCUAAUAAUGCUAUUAAUAUUGAAGAUUAAUUACAAGAAUAAAAAGAUGAAGAAUUAAAAGAUAUAUUUGAAAAUAGCCUAAAAUAAACAAACUAAAAGAGUAAAAUAGCUAGUAGAAGAAGAACUGUACUUAAUGGAAAUGAUUAAACUUAAUCUGAUGAAGAAUAACAAUCAGGGAAUGAUAAUUAGAUGAUAAUUUAAGAGGAGGAAUUGAGUGAAAAUGAAUAGGAAUCUGAAAUUAGAAUUUUAAAGAAAAAAGAUUCGAUUAUUAAAAAAUAGGUCCAAUUAGAACAUUAGUUUAAUAGAGAAAUUCUAAUUUAUGAUUAAUAGGAUGAGUAGUAGAAUAGUGAAGAUUGUCAAUCUUUUCGUUAAGAUAGAUUUUUGAUUUAACAUCCAAAUCAUGAAAUGAAUAGUGUUUCAAUACUUGAUAGAUUUAUACGUUUAGAUAAUAUCUAUGAUUAUAAAUUUAUAUAAAGUUGGAAUUAUCAUUUAGCUAAAAUCAGAUAAGCUAAAUUUCUUGAUGAGUUUGAUAUUUGA